AUGCCUUACACGAUGGGAUUCAGAGCGAAACCGACCAUGAUGGAUUCACUGAAGCCGCAAAAGACGUCAGAUGAGCCCAUUAUCAUACGGAUUCAGGAGACCCAGUCGAUCUCGAGCGAGGAUGCCUGGUCGGAUACGAGGUUCCUUCACGAGUCCGAGUCUAUCUACUCCUCGCCUUCCUGCCAGUCUUCGUCUCAUCGACUUCAACAAUGUCCACUAGAACUCGAUGUAUACCCCCCACCGCAUACAAAGCUAUGGACGAAAGUUGCGGAAGGGUUCAGACUGGCGUACACCCGGGGCAAAGUCAGCCUCGAACAACCGAGACACAACCAGCAGCCAAUUUCAGAAGCAGGAAGAUUCAAUCAUUGCUAUGUGCAUCCUCUAGACAACCGGAAAGGGAAAAAUGAGCGCAUCACUCUUGGUCGCUGGACUCCUCGACUUCAAAUCCGAGAUGGACACGGCACCCAACACACCGUCAUCCAAGCAGCUUCGCACAACUAUGCUGGCUUCUACGGCCUCACGCAAGACUCGGAAGAGCUUCAACGGUUGGCACUCGAGAGCCUACCUGCCGCUAAUUCUUAUGCGAUGCCUUUCUUAGAGGCGGCCAUGCAUGAGGGUCUGGCAAAGUUCUUCUCUAGUGAAUUCUGCUACACCACCAGCACAGGGUACGGCUCAAACUUACUGGCCUUUUCAGCACUCUUGAACCAGGACUGGCUAGUGAUGUUCGAUGACAAGUGUCAUAAUUCAAUGCACGUUGCUGCGUUCCUCAGUCACGCUGGACUUGUCAAAAAGUUUCCCCACGGAAACUUCAGGAUGAUGGAAGCGAUUCUCUCAGAGCAUCAAGGCCAUUUUGCCAAUAUCCUCGUUGCAAUUGAGGGGUUUUACAGCAUGGAUGGCACGGUCCCUGCACUCGACAAUCUCGCUCGGCUGAAGAAGGAAUAUAACUUCACGCUCCUCGCCGAUGAAGCUCAUUCGUUGAUGUGCUUGGGCCGAACUGGUCGAGGAGCGAUUGAGGUUUGGAACGAACAGCACUCUGAUGCACCUGUUUCAACGGAUCUCUUUGACCUCCGAACGGGAACUUUGUCCAAAUCAGUUGGCGCCAUUGGUGGCAUCGUCUGUGGAAAAGCACGAUUUGCUCCUGCUGUCCUCAGACGCCGCGAUGAGAUGCUCGCCAAUGGUGCCGACCCUCUGCCCAUCUCCUCCAUCAUUCAGACUUUGCACGUUCUUGGUCAGCCGACCUUACUGCAACGCAAUCUGCGACGGUUGACUGCAAUCGCCAUUUUCGUUCGAGAAGCUCUGCAUAGAGCAGGGGUUCAUGUCUAUGGCAAUGCUGUCUCGCCCAUACUACCAGUCUAUGCUGGUCGUCCUAGCAUGGCAGCGAGGAUGUCAUAUUCAUUACGAAAGGUUGGACUGCUUGCAACGCCGGUCUCUGCUCCUGCCGUCCCCUUCUGGGAGUCUCGUGUGCGGAUAUGUCUCUCGGCGGAUCACGACGACGAUACCGUAAAUGAUAUCGUCGCUGCCAUCGUCAAGGCUGCUCUAAACAUCGGACUGAUUGAUAAAGCACCAUCUCCGUCCAAACUGUUCGCAUACCCGGACGAGCCUUCGACCCGACAAGAGACCCUUGAGGCCUGUGAAGUAGCCAAACAGAUCCGAGAGCUCAUCCAGCAAGAGAUACUUGAUACCAAACCGGCAACGUCUGACAAAGACAUUCUCCGCGCUGGCCACGAAGCCCGCCUCCAAUAUGGUCUUGGUUCCGGCGGUGCCCGAUGGAUCACAGGGACUUCUGAACUGCAUGUCCAAGUUGAAAAAUUGGCUGCGAAACUGAUCGGCACGGCCGAAGCCAUGACUUAUCCCGACACGUACAUUGGUCUCAUGUCAACAAUCGCAGCCCUCAGUCGACCGGUGUUAGGAUUCAAAAAGCAUCUCUUCCUUAUCCCACAGGAGGCGCCUCAAGCAGUGCUCGACGGAUUCCGCGUUGCGUCAAGAAAGGGUUCACCCAAAGUUCAAAGCUACACAAAUGUGGACGCGCUGCUCGAAUACAUUCGAGGCUGUGGGCUGUCUUCAUACCUUACAUUGUUCCUGGACGUGGACGGCAAGGAGACAAAUUUGCGGCCCCUACUGCAGAGAAUACAGCAAGCUCGCGGUUCUCCAGGCAUGACACUUAUUCUCUACAACCAUGCCGGCUGCACAGCAGGCAGCUUUUGGCAGGACGAGCAAGCGUUGGUCGGCUCUUCUCCCGGAUUCAGAGAUCAUCAAUUUCUGAUGUUUGGCUCGUUCUACCGAGCCUUUGGUCUGCCGGGAGCGUACCUUGCGGGCAGCCCGGUGCUUCUGAAAGAGCUGAGAUAUACCAGUCGGGGAUAUAUGUUUACUACAUCACAACAGCCCUUUAUCAUGGGCAUGGUGGCUGCUGAGUUGAAGAAACUGAUGGCUUCGCGAUAG